CCGCGACACAAGCUUCGGAGCUCGAGUGUCAAACGUAAUAAGAGCACUGCUGUGUGUGCUAGCUAACCGAAAUCUAACGUUAGUAAUAUUGUCAUGGUAACAAAUACGUUUUAAAAAAGAUACAGCAGUGUUUAGACUAGAUUAAUAAACGCAUUUAACGGAACAAUCACGAGCUGAGAGAGUGAUAUAACAGACUCUAAGUUUCCUGUUCUUGUUGCUGGCAGCGCCAUGGAGGAACAAGAAAACAACAUGAUAGAGGUGACUGUGAAAACUCUGGACUCUCAGAGCAGAAGCUAUACUGUGAGCCCACAGAUGACAGUAAAGGAGUUUAAAGAGCAUAUAUCUCCCUCAGUGGGUAUACCCAUUGACAAACAGAGGCUAAUCUACCAGGGACGAGUGCUUCAAGAUGAGAAAUCUCUGGCAGAAUAUAAUGUACAUGGUAAAGUCAUUCACCUGGUGGAGCGAGCCCCACCACAGACGACUCAGGCAGGAUCAGGCUCAGGUGGAGUACCUGGGACUUCAGGAAGCUCACAGACCGGAAGCACCACAACUCCUCAGGCCAUGCCUCAUGGAGCCACACAUGAUCGCAAUGCUAAUAGCUACGUUAUGCUUGGUACUCUUAAUCUCCCAGUGAACGUCAUGGACCCCCAGCAAAUUCAGAUGUCUAUCCAGCAGAUAAUGGCAGGCCUCGGGGAGGGUGUUGGGAAUACACGAAUGAGCAGCAGCAAUGGGAACAAUGGCUCAGUGAAUGUGCAUGUUGAUAUGGAUCAGACCCUGCAGAGUGAGCCCAGGCUGCGGCUCCUCCUGGCUGAAAAUCUGUUGCGAGACACCAUCGCCCUGAUUGAGAGACUGGAGGCUCAGCCCAUGGAUGGUUCCUCAGCUCAAGAUUCAGCAGCUCCUCCUUCUUCCUCCACCUCUACACCAUCUCCUCCUGUCCAACCCAUGGACACAUCCCCACCUGCUUCCAGCUCACCUCCCUCAUCCUCUACCUCUACUCAGACUGACAAUGAACCUCGUCCUCCUAAUCCUCCUUCAGGACCCAACCACCCUAGUCCUGCAGAAAUGGUUGAGAUGUUAGGAGAGCUGAGAAGAGUAGAAGAGAGGCUCCAGCCGUUCAUCCAGAGAGCUCACUCCAUCCUGGAGGCCGCCACAGCUGCUGAUUACAACAACAAUACACAGGAGAGAGAGGAGGACCAGCAAGUCCUAAACCUUGUGGGAGAAGCUUUUCGGCUCUUAGGAAAUGCCCUGGUUGCUCUUGGGGAUCUCCGAUGUAAUCUGUCGAGUGCACCUCCUCGUCACCUGCAUGUGAUUCGGCCCAUGUCUUACUACACUUCCUCUGUUCUGCCACCAGGUGGAGCACAUCACAUGCCUGUACAGGUUAACCUGGGGACCACAGUGACCAUGUCAGCUAACGGCAGGCCACCAGCUGAAAGUCAACCUCAACCUGCUGACCCAUCAGAACAACAAGGGCAGGGACCAACGCCCACCCCACAGCCAGGUAUGGCCAAUCCGCAGACUGGACAGCCAGGGCCCAGAGUGAUACGCAUAAGCCAUCAAACCAUGGAGCCAAUGGUGAUGAUGCAGAUUAACAUUGAUGAUAAUGGAAGCAAUGCCCAGGUAACUGGACAGCAGAAUGCUGCUGGUACAGGACAGACUGCAGGCACCGCUCCUAUACAUAUACCUGGUUUACCUCCAGAGUUCAUGCAAGCCAUUGUAAAUCAAGUUACUCAACAAGCAAUGGCUAUGGCAAAUGCUGCUGCUACUCAACAUGGACAACAAACCCCAAGCCCUGCCACGGGCCCCACCCCGGCCAGUACAGGUCCCACUCCUCCAGGCACAGGCACAACCCCUGCCAGUGCUGGUCCCACCCCUCCAGGCACAGGUCCCGUCCCUCCAGGUACUGGUCCCACCCCUUCCAGCACUGGUCCCACCCCUGCAGCCAGAGGCCCUGCCCCUGCUGGCACAGGACCCAUGCCAGCUAGUACAGGUCCUACACCCCCACCUUUUCCUCCUCACCCUCAUCAAGCAAGGUUUGUAUUCACCUUGCCUUCCUUUCCCCACCGCAUGGCGAAUCCUUCCUUUACCACCAGAGGAACCACCAUCAACCUGAGAACGGCUGUUCCUCCUAUGAUGGGCCAGCAUCCGGGCCAGCCUACACCCAUGAAUCCAGCUGCUAUUAAUCAAAUGAUUAGUGGAAUGAUGGGACAGCUUUUGGCAGGGGUUUCAGGCCAGAUGACCAAUGAGGCCACUACCUCUUCUUCCUCCUCCUCUUCCUCCCACACAUUCACAUUUUCCAGCUCAUCUUCCCCUUCAACAUCAUCCACAUCCUCAUCCCAUUCCACAUCAUCAUCAUCCUCCUCCUCAACCUUUCGCCCCACAUCUGAGCCUACCGCCAACUCCCCAGGACCCACACACUCCACAAGCACCACUGCAAACUCUGCUCCCCAGGCUGGACCACCCCCCAGGCCUGCUCAGGGUCCUCCUCUAAUAGGCAACUUGGACCAGCUUCUAGGCUCUGUCCUCGGAGGUGUGGCUGCUGCCGGACAGGCUGUAGGAGAAAAUCCCUCCGUUACUGUGACAAUGCCAGGAAUACCUGCCUUCCUUCAGGGAGUCACUGACUUCAUUCAGGCAUCACAGCAGAGCCAUGUCCAGCCCCCUACAGCUCCACCAUCAGGCCCUGCUCCUGCUCCUGCUCCUGCUCCUGCUCCUCCAACUGCUGAAACCCAAACACCUGCAGGAGGCACCGCAGCUGAGGACGUCCUGAACACAGAGCUGUUUACAGGGAUUGUGCAGGGGGUCCUGUCCAGUAUGAUGGGCUCUCUAGGUGCCCAACAGAACAAUACCGAGAGUAUUGCUCAGUUCAUACAGAGACUCUCUCAGACCAGCAACAUUUUCACCCCCAGCACAGGAGAAGCAAUGGGUUUCUUUGGCGACCUGUUGACUCUUGUGUGCCAAAACUUCUCCAUGGUGGACAUGGUGUUGCUGCUCCAUGGUCAGUCUCAGCCAUUAAGCCGUAUCCAGCCCCAGCUAGCCCAGUUCUUCACAGAACACUACCUGCAGGGUAGAGAGGCCACUGAAGCCAACAUUGCAGCAGCUGCUGAAAAUCUAAUUGGGGAACUAGAUGAAUACAUCACAGAGAGUUUUUCAUCAGUUACAGUACGGGAUGGGGUGGACAUCACUCAGACGAACCGAGCAUUUCUAAGACAGCAACUUACUGAAAUUGCAACACACAUCCUGCAAUGCACAGAUCCGACAUUUGGACCACAUUUGCUGCAGCUGUGUAAUCGUGCACUAUUCGAGUGUCUGGCCCUCAAUCUGUUUUGCCUGAGAGGAGAACAGGCUGCUCUUACUGGAGUCAUCAACAAUCGCAUCAGGACCAUGUCAGCAGAGGUGAACCCCAGUGUGGUAAACUGGUUGACCAGUAUGAUGACUAUGAGACUGCAGGUUAUUCUGGAGCACAUCCCAGUCACAGAGGAGCAAAUCAUGCAUUAUGUUGUCCACACUCAGAGUGAAGCAGAGGCACGUGAGACAGAAAGUCAUCCUAUGGAGAUGGAAGACACUCUCUCUCCCACUCCAGCAACCACAGCAGAGGAGGUCAUGGUAAGCUCUCAGGAAGAAGGAGCAGUUGGAGGUUCAGCCGGAGAGACAGAGGAAGCAGCAGGUGGAGAGGAGCCGGGAGAAGAAGCUGAGGCCUGGGCAGCUGCUUUACCUCCUGAGUGGGUGCCAAUCAUCAGACAGGAUAUAAACAACCAGAGGAAGAUGAAGGCUCAGCCACCUCUAUCUGACGCAUAUCUGCAAGGGAUGCCUGCAAAGCGCAGAAAGACGGCACAGAGCGAUGGUCCCAGACUCACACUCUCUGAGGCAGUGAGCCAAGCAGCGAGGUCAGUCGGUGCCACACCUGUCACAUCACCCAGUGCCUUACAGGAAGACCUCGAGAGACCAGAACUACAAGAGGCAUAUGCACAACAGAUGACAAAAGACAUCAAACAACGAGUGAAAGAGGACCCCAAUUUCAACUCUAGAAGGUUUCCCAACACACAUAUGGUCUUCUCACCCGACUCAUAAUCAGCAUAUAUUUCUGCUCCAUGGCUCUUCUUCCUAAACUGCAUGUAUAUGCUCUUCCUGGUUUCUUUUUAAUUAUUUGAGUUUAAACAAGAUAUAAAAUUUUGAAACUAUCUGAAUGUUUUAUGCUGUCUUAUUACUUACGACUCUGGUAUUAAAGUAUUAGACAAGUCUGCACCAUGGAUUGUUGGCCAAUGACCGUUUUGCUUCUGUUAAUAAAAGAACGAACAGCUGGAACUUGGAAAAGAAGGGAAAAUAAAAGAUAAUGUCAAGGCUAUAACCUGUAUACGCCAGCCAUGACGCCUUUCAUUUCACAGAUCCUGUCAUGACACAAUGCUAAUUAAACUGCUUCUUUAUGGUCCACACGUCAA